AUGGCCCCCGAGUCGAGUAUCACCGUCGACACUUCCAAGAAACAAAGCCCCAUCCGGAAUGCUGCUCAAGGAGCAACGCUAAAGGACCAGCUUCCUCCCGCCAAGUCCAGCCAGACAUAUCCUCAACAAACCUCAGCGGUUUCGGCUGGGUUAAAUGCCUCGUUGUUCUUCGUGGGUACCGCAACCACAGUUUUGGAGUGGGAGGGUCUCCGGCUCAUGACAGAUCCCAACUUCUUACAUGCUGGGGACCAUGUUCAUUUGGGACCCGGUGUCAGGGGGACGCGGAAGACGAACCCCGCAGUUGACCUGGAGGAUCUACCGCACAUUGAUCUCGUCCUCUUGUCGCAUUAUCAUGCCGACCAUUUUGACCAGGAAGUCGAAGCUUCGCUCCGCCGAGAUCUGCCGAUCAUCACCACCCCCCAUGCCCACAAGCACCUGGCGCACAAGGGACAUGGCGAAGCUUUCACGGCAGUGCAUGCCCUCGACGCGUGGGAGAGUAUGUUCGUAAAUGUCACCCCCUCCUCCGCAUCCACCAGACGCCCUCACCUUCGCGUGACAGGCAUGCCCGGGAAACACGUCGGCGAUGGCCUUCUCGCCAAAGCGAACGACAUCCUCGGGGCAAUUCCACCUACCAACGGAUGGAUGCUAGAACUUGGCUACACUGGUGACUCGUCAGCCCCUUCCUCAGGCCCCGAUUUCGAAUGCGGGUAUCGGAUUUACAUUUCGGGUGACACACUCUAUGUCUCGGAGCUGGAGAAGAUACCCGAGCUCUAUACACACGCGGGCAAACCGAUUGAUUUGAUGCUGAUACACUUGGGCGGAACCACUGUGCCGGGCCCGCAUAUGCCGUUGCUCAUGGUUACCAUGGAUGCCGAACAGGGGGUCAAAUUGGUAAAGCUGGUGCAGCCAGAGGUUACAGUGCCUAUUCACUACGAUGACUACGACGUCUUCCUUUCCCCACUUGCAGACUUCAAGGACGCCAUCACCAAGGCCGGUCUCUCGGACAAAGUCGUCUACCUCGACCGGGGAGACGAGUUCAAGUUCCGGGUCAAAUGA